AUGAGAUUCUUCAAUGUCUUGUUGAUAGUUCUUGGUGCACUAGUUUUAUGGGUCGAUGCUCAAGCAACUUUAAAUACUGCUCCUGCUCUUCCUGAAACUCAGGCUCCUCCUGCGCUAUCAACGAAUCUGAGCCCGAAUCCACCCACCUUACCAAUUUCGCAAGCUGAAACAAUUGUCUCUUCACCUAAUGUUAUUUCAUCCGUCGCACCUUCAUCCAUCGCACCUUCACCCAUUGCACCUUCAUCUGUCGCACCUUCACCCGUCACACCUUCAUCCGUCCCAACACAGGCACCUGCUGAUACUCCAUCAACCGUUGCACCAGGACCUAGCUCCAUACAAGAAUCAACUUCGAUAGCAGAUUCUCCGACUCCUACAACAGAUCAAACACUUCCCACAGACUCUUCAUCUCUUUCUACUUCGGAUGCUCAGCCUUCCGAACUUUCAACUUCCACUACCUUUGUAAAAGUCCCCAAAAGUUCGACCACUGCAAGCUCAUCAAUCACGCCCUCACCCUGUCUCUCCACUGGUCAAAAGUUGACGUUAUCCUCAUGCGCCGACACGACAAAUUAUUAUUGCAAUACCACCACCUCCAUGUGUGUUCCAAAACAAGCCGAUAACGCCAGUUGCACGGAUAAUCUUAUGUGUAAUGUCAAUUCUGCAUGUCAAAACCUCGUAUGUGUUCCACUUGCCUCUAACUCUAAUAGUAGUGGCGGUGUUAAUGUCGGCAAGGUCGGAAUAAUUGCCGGUGUUAUAGCUGGUAUAUUCGUGUUGGCGGGUAUUGCUUUCUGGGCCUAUGGAUUUUUAGCUAAAAGGAAGGAGAAUAGGCGAAGGAUGGAUGAACCCUAUGAAUCGAAAACAAAUUCGAGGUUUGAACCGUCUACAGAUUAUCCGUUUAUCUCGAGACCAAAUUCUUUUUCGAAUUCCGACGCGCCACCACCGGCUGUUACCAGACCUGACAUGCGAGCUUUUGGAGGUGCACCGAAUAAUAAUGCCUACGGUAGGCCACCACCAACUGUUCAGUACAAUCAGCAACGUAAUAAUUACAAUGAAUUUGGAAACGCAAACGUGGAUCGGUCAUCCAAGUAUAAUUAUCUCUCAACCGCGUUUACAAAGAUGCGACUUUCUAUGGGUUAUGGAAUAAAUAACUCACAACCUGAAAGUACAAAUAGUCCAUUACCAUUUACUGCAAACAAUGAAAGUCGAACGGGUGCGAAUCCUCAAAUGCAGGUAAAUAACAACUUCAAUGUUCCUACCCAUGAUGUGAAAUACCCCCUCGGUAAUGUAGAAGAGGAAGAUUUGGAAGAAAAUACUACUCUGAGAGAUUCCAGUAUUCUGCCUGCUGACGAUCAAGACGUGUUUUCGUUAGAAUCUGAAUCUCCAUAUUUGGGCCUAGAAAGAUCCAAUUCAUCCGCUUCCCAAGAGGGUGAUAGAAGGCGUUACAAAAUGGGUUCAAUGUAUUCCCACUACACCGAAAGCUGGGGAUCUAAUCACAUGCUUGAUGCGGCCCCAAUGCCCACCAGUCCCACCACCACAGAAAGAAAAAAUUGGCGCGAUAAGAAGAAUGACAGUAGUGCUAGGACUACUCUAGCCUUACCAAGCGACGACCAGGUUCCACGACAAUCGGUGAUACAGUUGAAUGCUCCAAUCUUUAAUAAUGGUUCCACGCGUCAUCACAUGAGUCGACAACACAUGCAACAGCCAAGUGUUUCCUCGGUCGCAAGUUCCGGAUUAUCUUUGAACUAUUACAACUCUUCGAGAGCGAACGAACGUACGUUGGCUCCGAUGAACGUGCAGGGAAGACUUGUAUAUUCAUCGACCUUUGGCGGUGAGAGUGAACACGGCAGUAACAGCGGCGAUGACAACUUGACCAUUGAGGAAAAACUUUCACGACAAGAAUAUACUCAACGGUCGAAUGGAUACCCGUUCGACGAGGAUAUUAGUGAAAUUGAAAAGGAUAUCGAGUCCGUACGGAAAUUUGCAGACCGAGCGUGGAAUAAUUAG